GACCGGUUCACAACAGACGGCUUCCAGGGAAAAAAAGAUUGCAAUUACUUGUUUUUUUUUAUCAAAAUAAUAAUAAUAAUAUGGAAAAAAUAUGUUACAAUUCGGUAAUUAUGUUACAAGUGGCAACCCUGGCCGCUGAAUGUGAUCCACGGAUUUUUACGUCAUUGCACGGAUCUAUAGUCUGGAUCUACAGGCCUUGUAGCCAAUUAUUUCGAUCCUCGUAAAAAGUCGAAAACGGUCGAUGUUCCAUCCUCAUCAAUCAACAAAUCCCGGAUGCCCGGAUUGGUCCGGAAAUGGUUAAUUAGGGUUGUUCUCGUGUUUUCAGCUCUGCUUCAGCUUACAGUUCUUAGUGAUGUUAUGUAACUUUUCUUAGACGAAUUUUAAUAUUUAUUUAAACAUUGUUAUUUAUUGUAGUUUGUUGGUAAUUCUAAAAUAGGCAAAAUGGCAACAACUGAACAGUUCUCAUUGAGAUGGAACAACUUUCAUUCCAACAUGACUUCAGGCUUCCACGAUCUUCUAGAAAGUGCAGAAAUGGUAGACGUAACACUAGCUGUAGAUGGUCAUUUUUUGCAAGCACAUAAAAUCGUACUGUCCAUCUGCAGUCCCUAUUUUAAACAAAUGUUCAAAGCCAACCCCUGCAAGCAUCCUAUCGUAAUAUUAAAAGAUGUUAGACAUGAGAACAUGAAGGAUAUUUUGGAAUUUAUGUACAUGGGGGAAGUCAGUGUAUUAAGGGAAAAUUUAACACAAUUUCUGAGAACUGCUGAACUGCUUCAAGUAAAAGGAUUGACAGGGGAUGAUCCUGGUGAGGAUGGAUCCUCUUCCAAAGAUAACAAAGCCGAAUGUGACAAUGACGAAGAAAAUGAAAUAUAUAAUGAACUGAUUGAAACAGAUGUAGAACUCCCUUCCUACUCACAUUCAUCUCCAACACCAAUGGUUCCUUCUCCAGCAAUGACAAAACGAACAAAAAAUUUGAGUAAUGCUGGUGUGAGUGGCAAACGCUCUAAGAUAGAAAAUCAACAAUCUCCGAUAAAAUCUUCCGACUUCGAGCCAGUUCAACCAAAAUGUGAAUUGAAUACUAGUCAACUGCAAUCAACCAAUGACAAUUCCAAUAUACUCAAUGCUGUGAAACCUGAAUUGGACGAUAUCAAAGAACCGAUCAACUUGAAAACGUGGGAUAAUCAUUUGAACACAUCCUCGGGUUCAGAUUAUUUAAAUUCUUCAGCAGAACAAGACUUGAUGUCGUAUUCCACUGACAGUAAGUGCCAGGUAUUUUGUCCUUAUUGCAGCAGGAAGUUCGUGAAUCGUUACAAUCUAAAAGUGCACGUGAGGGACAAACACGAGGCCAGUUUCAAGGAUUUGGACUGUCAGAUCUGCGGUAAGACCAUGCGAAACCAAAGUUGUUUAAGGGUACACAUGUACCAUCAUCGUAAACAGAAUUUGGACACCUCUAGUGGUGUCUUGAACACCUCUAGUCUUGGGGAUGUCUGAUUUUUCGCGCAGCGUUCUAUUCAUUGUUUUUAGUAUUGGGAGAAUGUGACUAAAAAGAGAAUUUUAAGUGACUACAACUUAUUUGUAACUGAAUAUUUAUUAUAAUUUUCUAUAAUUGGGUCUAUAUAUUGGAAUCUAGAGCCUUCAAGAAAAGAUAAAAAUUAUAAAGGUAUACAAAAAUAAUUUAAAUUCAUAUAUUAUUAUGUGUCAAGUGUCGAUGAAUAAUAAUAGGACACUAAAAUAGAAAAUACUAAACUAAUAUUAAGCUGUACAGCACUGUUAUGAGUUAACACUAGUCAAGAAGCGUUUUUUAUCUGUAAAUAACAUGUAAUGUACACCCACCGACCGUCGCCGGCGAUAGCGAAUUUCCAAGUAGCAUUAGCCGUAGCAUUAGAACUAGCCGUAUAAAUCGCGUUCGGAAUGAAAUGUUUCAACUGACUUUAUAAAUACUAUACGAUAUCUUAGAGCCUGACUUGUUUGUUUAAGAAUUGUAUCUGAAUAGAUAUUACUUAAAAUAACUGUGCUGUCCGUGGCUCAGCAUCUUAUACAGUAUGGUACAAAUGUUUGGAAUAAAUUAAUUAUUUCAUCUACGUCAUCCAUCAGGGCGUGACGACGUAGGUAAUGGAUUUUUUUAAAUAAGAAUAGGGGUCGUGUGCUAGCUCAUUUGAAAGGUUAUUUAAUUCUCUAUUCAGUAAUAUA